AUGACUCGUUCGCAGAAGUUCGGACGUUUACUUCAAGUUCUGGAACGGUGUUCUGAAAGUAUCGUUUAUCACGAUGAGAUUGUUAAUGCUGUACAACGAAUUCGACGAAUGGAAUCGAUGAUGCCACCAUUGGAGUUUCGUCCUCAUGGGGUGCUCGAUGAUAGAAUCCAUGUGGUGGAUUUGAUUGCAAAGGAAUAUCUUGAAAAAGCAUCGGCGGACGUACAGCAUCUUAUUCCAGUCGAUGUUGAUGCUGAUGGAAAUGGUUUAUAUCAUUCUAUUAUUCUUUUGAUGAAUGACGCAAUACUAACAGCAAGUGAAUUACGAGUUCGCACGAUUAUUGAACUCGUAAUAAAUGAAGCGUUUUAUUCCGAUAUGCAUACACAUCGGGCAGGGCGUAUUGAUAUAGCUAUUAAAGCUAUAUGCAAAAAUCGUACAUAUUCAGGAUUGUACGAAAUCUGUGCUUUAUGUAGCAUACUCAAAUGCAAUAUACGAAGUGUCUAUCCGGAAAUUGAUUUUGAAGCUGGCAUGGCUGUGAUGAAUAGUAUAUAUACACCUAUUCCGCCGAUCGUUGCUAAUUAUGAAGUUGCAGUUUUGUGGUCGAAUGUGCGGAAAGAAAUGCAUGUGCGAGUGGUGACUAAUAAUGCAUGGAGGCCAAAUCAUUUUGUGCCCCUCUUAGCACCAAAUCAGCAAUAUGAUUUUGAUCAAAGGAAUCAAUUAUUAUUAUCUAAUGUCAAAACUCCUGAAAAGAAAACAUUUAAGAACAAUGCAGUCGCUCAAAUACGCAUUCCUGAAUUUGAAUCUUCUCUAAGCAGACGUGUACGUAGCGAUAUCAAUAUUGAAACUGAACGCACUAAAGCAACUAGUCCGAUUGCAAUCGAACAGGCUCAGACGAACAUGGAAGAAGAACAUGAAAAUCGACUUGCGAAAGAUAGAGAACGUGUCCGUCUGAGACGAAUUAAUGCGACGGAGGAACAACGUCAAAAUCGACUUGCAAAAGAUAGAGAACGAGCUCGAUCCAGACGAGAAAGUGAUCCUGAAGAACAACGGCAAGAUCGACUUGCAAAAGAUAGAGAACGAACUCGAUCCAGACGACGAAAUGAAACAGAUGAUCAAUAUCAGUUAAGGAUCAAUUAUCAAAGGGAUCGAAGUCAGGCCAAUAGAACCGAAAAAGACUAG